UUCAGCUCCUGCACCAUUGGGCGGGACCGCGCUGGGUCGGGCUGCCAGUCGUCGGGCACUUCCGCCGGGCUCAGGUUUCCUUCGACUAGGCAUUUAAAUUGAGCUGCAGGGCAUCAGCUGCUGCUACAUUCAGCGCCGUGCUGUGACAGUGAAUAACCACUAGCGCUAGCAAACAGGCUAAUCUUAUUUUUUGACUCGAAAACGACAGAAAUAAUUUUACCCUGACGAGUUUGUGCUGGUUUUGUGUGGCGGAGAGCGGGAGCGGUUGAACAAUAACGGUCGCUGCGCUCUGACAGCAGCUCGGUGCAUCAUUUUUGGGAUUCCUCUGCUCGCUCUUGGACGAUAUUGAAUAGCGGUAACGUGAUGAGCAGGGUAAAUUAAGUUUUUUUUUCCCUCGGCAGUGUUUGUUUACUAAGCUAGGUUGGUGAACAAAAACAACCCCAUUGAAUGCAGUGUUUCUUUCCGGCCCAGGAUCAUCAUUAGUGGCCUGGAUAUUUAAGCAGGACCGAUGGACUCGAUGAUCAGGAUGCGUUUGAUGGGUCAGGUUUAAAUUCUCAUAAAUAGAUACAAUUUAGAUUUUUAUCCUGUCUUUUUUUAGACAUACCUAGAGACAAAUAACCCCUCUAAUUGCUUUCAACUGGGUUGAAUGUAACAUCAGGCCAAGCGUCAAUAUCAUCACCAAGAACAACAACAGUCACCACCCAUCCAGCAGAGCAGGACACACACACACCGACUUUCAUCCCUGUUUUUGUGUCCUGGGACAGUUGUGACAGCAAAAUACUUUUAUCUUUUUUGCAAAGAUUUCUAGGAAAACAACAUAGAUUUUUGUCAGUGUUUUCGCCUGUCAAAUUUAAAUAACCCUUUUGCUUAGAUUUAAAUGGAAGUUGUUUUUAAAUUGAGCCAAAUCUCAGCUUCACCUGCCCCUGUAUCUCCAGUUAGACACAUUAUGUGUGUUGUAAUUUAAGUUUAUUAAGUUUUAGAAAACAUAAAACUUAACAAAGUAGACUUAAAGCUAUUUUGUGAAACAGAGUUUUGAAUUGGAGCUGUUAAAGUACAUUCAUAUUGACCUUGAAUAUUGUCCAGCUCAUCAACAAACAGCAUUUUUGACCAGUUGCACCUAUUGGAAGCUAGACAACUCUUAACAAUCAGCCAUCGGUAACCAUGUUCAGCUGGCUCGGGACCGACGACAGGAGGAAGAAGGAGCCAGAAGUCUUUCAGACCGUCAGUGAUGGUCUGAAAAAGCUCUACAAAACAAAACUCCUGCCUCUGGAGGAGAGCUACAAGUUCCACGAGUUUCACUCCCCGGCUCUGGAGGAUGCCGACUUUGACAACAAGCCCAUGGUUUUACUGGUGGGACAGUACUCUACUGGCAAGACGAGCUUCAUACGCUACCUGUUGGAGCAGGAUUUUCCCGGAAUGAGGAUUGGCCCCGAACCCACCACGGAUUCCUUUAUCGCGGUGAUGCACGGCGACACAGAAGGAGUCAUCCCCGGCAAUGCCUUAGUGGUGGACCCCAAGAAGCCUUUCAGAAAGCUGAACGCCUUUGGAAACGCAUUCCUCAACAGAUUUGUGUGUGCCCAACUGCCUAACCCAGUGCUGGAAAGCAUCAGCGUGAUCGACACACCAGGGAUUCUGUCAGGAGAGAAACAGAGAAUCAGUCGAGGCUAUGACUUUGCGGCUGUCUUGGAGUGGUUUGCAGAGCGUGUGGACAGGAUCAUUUUACUGUUUGACGCCCACAAACUGGACAUCUCUGAUGAGUUUUCAGAGGUGAUAAAGGCCCUGAAGAACCAUGAAGACAAGAUCAGGGUUGUGCUGAACAAGGCUGACCAGAUAGAGACGCAGCAGUUGAUGAGAGUGUACGGUGCCCUGAUGUGGUCACUGGGGAAAAUAGUCAACACCCCAGAGGUGAUUCGUGUCUACAUCGGUUCAUUUUGGUCCCACCCUCUGUUGAUUCCUGACAACAGGAAGCUGUUUGAAGCGGAGGAACAGGAUUUAUUCAAGGACAUUCAGUCUUUACCGAGGAAUGCAGCACUAAGAAAACUCAAUGAUCUGAUCAAGAGGGCCAGACUAGCCAAGGUCCAUGCCUACAUCAUCAGCUCACUGAAGAAAGAGAUGCCUUCUGUGUUUGGGAAGGACAACAAGAAGAAAGAACUGAUCAGCAGCCUGGGAGAUAUCUACAAACGCAUCGAAAGAGAACAUCAGAUAUCACCUGGAGACUUUCCAAAUCUGAAGAAGAUGCAGGACCAACUCCAAGCUCAGGAUCUCACCAAGUUCCAGCCUCUUAAGCCCAAACUCCUGGAGUCAGUGGACGACAUGCUAGCCAACGACAUUGCUAGCUUGAUGGUCCUUGUCCGCCAAGAGGAAACGCAGCGCCCCAACGCAGUUGUCAAGGGCGGUGCCUUUGACGGCACUUUGGACGGCCCGUUCGGUCACGGGUACGGCGAAGGAGCCGGCGAAGGCAUCGACGAAGCAGAGUGGGUCGUUGCGCGUGACAAACCUGCUUACGACGAGAUUUUCUACACACUGUCUCCUGUCAACGGGAAGGUGACGGGAGCCAAUGCCAAGAAGGAGAUGGUGAAGUCAAAACUGCCCAAUACAGUGCUGGGAAAGAUCUGGAAGCUGGCAGAUAUCGAUAAGGACGGGAUGCUUGACGAUGAGGAAUUUGCGUUGGCCAAUCACCUGAUCAAAGUGAAACUGGAGGGACAUGAACUGCCGUCAGAUCUGCCAGCACACCUUGUGCCUCCUUCCAAGAGGAAAAUACCUGAAUAAAUAUAAGCUUCUCCAUCGCCCGUCCUCAAACAUGUAAGUACACCCCACCUCCCUCCACAGAAAAAUAUCCCCUUUAAAAUAGGAAACUACUCGUAGCAUUAUAGUGAAAAAGUCCAAAUACAAGCAGAAGAUAUUUGAACAUGAAAGACCCUUUUCCCAAACUUCAAGCUCUCUGUUUCUGUUAUUCGACAUCUGCAGUCUUUCGUUACCUUCAAGAGGUAUAUAUUACAAAGGAAUACUGAGUUACAUUCAAAUAAAAAUUAGAUUUGACUGUUAGCACAUUGGCUGCAAACUUUUGUGUGAUGUAAAAGACAAAGACUGACAGUUUUUUAAAAAAAAAUUCUGUAGGAUUUGACUUCUAGUAACAUUUGGAUUCAAAUGCUACAAGUGUGAAGUGCUGAAAUGUCUUACGAGGGUAGAAAAACUAGAUCUGGAUGAGUCGUACAAUUAAAGGCAAGUCUUUAGCCCAACGUGCUCUUUUGUGUUUUAAAUUUGAGAUACUGGGAGUCGUUAGGUAGGACGAAUGUUAGAGAUGAUAGGACAGUUGAUAUGAUAAUUAGUAAAAGUCUACAAUACACUACAAUAGAGCAAAAUAUAAGUUGAUCUAAACUAUUAGAAGAAAAUGAGAGAGAUGCGACAAUGUGAAAACAAAAAGAGAGAAGAAAGCAGACGGAUCAUUUUGGAAGAAGAAGGACAGGGAUAUAAAUAUGCAAAUAAACUGUUUAUCCCCAUUAAAACUAUAUUUAUGAUAGGAACUAUUAUUAUCUGAUCUAAUCAAUAAACUAAUGUCAACUACAUUAUUCCUCAUGAGAGCCAAAACAUUUUACAGCUCUUGUAGUCCGAGGUCCUGGAUUAUUUCUGUCUCCUGGCACGGCUGAUGAUUCUGGCUUUUGUUUCAUGGUGAUGUAUUAAACAACUACAAAGACUUCCUGGCUGGUGGUUUGAGAAUACACAGAAAUACAAAUAUGUGGAAGCACACAGACACACACACACACACACACCGAACAGAUUGAACAGUGUAAUAGAAAGUGGAAGAGCUCUAGUGGUGUAACACCUUCAGUUACCAUAAAAAAGAAAAUGGCCUAAAUUAAUUAUCAACUUUUAAAAUUUUGUAACGUGAUGUGCUGAUGUUCAUAUUUGUGUGGGAGUUCAUGACAUCACCAUCAUUUACCGUAGCAACUGGAUGGACACCGAAAUGAAGAAGGAUGUGUUUCUCCAAUGUGAAACUAGCAGGGGAGAAGUGGUUUUAUUAUUUUUUAAACAUUUCUGGAUUUCAUUAACAUGUUUGAAAAUACUGUGACUAUAAUAUGAAACUAUAUUAUGGGUAUUGUUUAUUGUAUAGGACUUUGAAUGUUGAAUGUUCACAUGUUCAUGGUUUUGUGUGGGCACAUCCUGACUAUUGUAUGUAUGUAUGUAUGUAUGUAUGCAUAUGACCACAUGUAUCAGUGUUAUUAUUUGUAACGUAAAUGUAUUAAGUCUUAAGCAUUACACGGGCUACUGAGCUGGGAGUUUUCCUGAGGGUUAUUAAUUGAAAAAAUGAUUAAUCAGUUAUUAUUCACCGUUUUGAAAGUAAUCCAAACUAACCUGUCAGUCCAGAGAUUGAUCACACAGCUGUUUUUGUGAUGGUAACAAACACUUAACCACACAUUUUUCGACUGUUUCUUCUUGCUUUUGAAGGAAAAUUUGGCUUUCUAUUUCAUGUAUUUAAAUUGUAUACAUGCAAUAAAUGUGUUGUUCUGAUGUAUCACUGUAGCGAUCUGCCAGUAUGUACUGUCUGUCAUGAGAUGAAACACUAAACUAACUACAUUUGGACUCCAAUAUGAUAAGAAAUGUUCAGUAUGUUAUGAAUGAGACAGUAUUUACCCAUUUCAAGCUACAGAAUUAACUUAACUGAAACAUUUGCAGUUUACGGCCCUUUCAUGUCCCUCCCUGUGCGUCUCUGUGCUGUUACUGUGAAUCUAAUGUACAUAGAAGACUGCUUGCAUUCCACAAGCACAGAUUGAGAAAUCAUCCACGUGAUCCGGAGCACUUAAUGCAUCACUAGCUCAUAUUUCAUAGAUGAGCCAACACACAACAAUGUGAAAAACGAUGCUUGUUCGAGCUUCUGCUUCCUCACUGCAAAACAGAGUCCUCCAAAAGUUGUUUUCAUACCCUGAUGGAUGGCCACAUGAAUUCCUGUCUACUGCGAAACACAGUACACUUUAGUGGAAACACUGGCGUUAUGUUAUUUUGUCUGUUUUAAGAUGCUUUGCUAAAUCUGUAUUUCACAGCUUUUCUGUCAACAUAAACAACAGUCCAAAAGUAUAAUAAAGAUGAAUUUACUCGA